AUGGAUAUAAACUGGAGAGAAUAUCCUCCAGACUGGACCAUGCCUCUUGAACUACCGGUCGGCAUAUCUCAUAUUCUGUCACGAAUAGGACUCAAAGAAAUCGUCAACACGACAUUGACGUAUGCUCCUUCGGCAACAGCAGAUGCUUUUCAUGUAGCCGCAUCGGCUGGCAGGACUGCGGUGGUCGAACACUUGCUCUAUAGCACCACACUUGGAUCUAUAUCUCAAAGGUCAUUCUUUCUGGGUCUUGAGGCUGCGAUGAUAAAGGGGCACUCCGAGGUUGUUAAAGAGCUAUUCAAUCACAGCCACGAUUAUCUCGAACAAAACCUGAUAGAAGGAGCUACAAUAAGAGCCCUCAUACUCUCCUGUAUCAUGGGGAAUGUCUCAAUGGCCACAACUGCCCUGAGCCGGUUUGACCUCUGCUCUGGCCACUUCGUUCAUGAUAUGGUAAAGUCCAUUUUUGACGAUUUAACCGAACAUUCUCCAAACGGAGAGAGAGCUUCCAAGAUGGAUGCCGCUACUACAUUUCUGGAGGAUUUCAGUAUCGGUCUCUGGACACCAUUCAUGAUUGCUUCUGCUUUCGGAAACUACAAUAUUAUCUUCCUCCUCGCCAAAUGCAGCGGACCGGAUCCGACAAUUUCUGAGACCCAAUUUGCACUCUGGACAGCCUUACACAAUGAAGAUACCCAGACAAUGAGUGCCUGCUUCCAAACCGCGAAUGGGAUCCUUGAUAAGAGCACCAUGAUGGCAAUGGCAUGCUUUUCUGGGAACACAGAAUUUGCCCGGCUAUUGCUUGAAAAUGGAGCGGACGUUAAUAUGGAUUUGAAAGGAUCUACCCCUUUGGAAAUUGCAUCGAGCCAAGGUCACGAAGAACUUAUUAGGGUUUUGAAAGACAAUGGAGCUAAUGAUCCUAGGAAUAGUGCAGUUUGCUAG